AGCGGGACGGGGCGGGGGUGCCGCGGCAUGGCGGGGCGCUGAGGGAGCGCGGCAGCGAGCGGCGGCGGGCGCCGGCACCCGGCCCCAGCGCGGCAUGGGCAGCCGCGGGGUCCUGCGAUGAGCGCUCCCCCGGCGGCUCCUCCCCGCGCGAAUAUGGGCACAGCCGUGUCCAAAAGGAAGACGCUGAGGAACGAGGCCAUGUCGUCGGUGGCGGCUAAAGUGAGAGCAGCAAGGGCUUUUGGAGAAUAUCUUUCCCAAAACCAUCCCGAAGGUAGAAACGGCUCAGAUCACCUCUUGGCAGACUCCUACAUCGGGCAGGAGGACUCCCCGGAGAUGCAGCAGGCAGCACAGAACAAGCGCAGGCUCUCCGUCAUCUCCGAUGGCAAGUUUGAGCGGAGCUUCACCGAGGAGCAGGCAGAGAAGGUUCCCAGUGAGGGACCCAAGCCCCGGGUCUACACCAUCUCCGGCGAGAGGCCGAUGCUGUCAGACCACGAGAAUGAAAGUAUGGAACUGGUGGUGAUGAAGGGGGCUGCCCAAGAGGAAUGCCACCACGGUCACCAAGUGCACGGUGCUGGUGGCUCUCAUGGUGCUGGCAGGCAUUGCAAGGGCUGGCCAGGCAGCAGGCAGGGCUCUAAGGAGUGCCCAAACUGCACCCGGCUGGCUGCCCCUUCCCAGCAUUCCUUUGACCUGGAGCACCAUCAGUCCAGCGAGACAGGGUGGCACAGGAAAAGGCUGGAGAGGAUGUACAGUGUCGAUCGAGUGUCUGAUGAUGUCCCCAUACGAACCUGGUUCCCAAAAGAGAACCUCUUCAGUUUCCAAACUGCUACUACAACUAUGCAAGCGGCGUUCAGGGGCUACGCAGAGAGGAAGAGGCGGAAGCGAGAGAAUGAUUCUGCAGCUGUUAUACAGAGGAAUUUUCGGAAGCACCUCCGCAUGGUGGGGAGCCGAAGGGUUAAAGCACAAACAUUUGCCGAACGGCGUGAGAGGAGCUUCAGCAGGUCCUGGAGUGACCCGACUCCCAUCAAAGCCGAUUCCUUCCAUGACUCUCGAGAAAGCCAUGACCUUCAGGAUUCCUGUGGCACUUUGGAUGGCAACUUUGACUUGAACUGGGAAGCAGAAAAGGAACUUGAAGCCGUGGCAUGUGAUGGAGAAGACUUUAUUCCACCAAAAAUAAUGCUCAUUUCCUCCAAGGUGCCCAAAGCAGAGUAUGUCCCAACAAUUAUCCGCAGGGACGAUCCCUCUAUCAUCCCCAUUCUCUAUGACCAUGAACAUGCCACCUUUGAUGACAUCCUUGAGGAAAUAGAGAAGAAGCUGAACAUCUAUCGGAAAGGCUGCAAGAUCUGGAAGAUGCUGAUAUUUUGCCAGGGAGGCCCUGGUCACUUAUACUUGUUAAAGAACAAAGUUGCCACAUUUGCCAAAGUGGAGAAGGAGGAAGAUAUGAUCCUCUUCUGGAAGAGGUUGAGCCGGCUGAUGAGUAAAGUCAAUCCUGAACCAAAUAUCAUUCACAUCAUGGGCUGCUAUGUUCUUGGAAACCCCAAUGGGGAGAAGCUAUUUCAGAAUCUGAAAAACUUAAUGAAUCCUUAUAGGGUUGCCUUCGAGUCUCCACUUGAACUAUCAGCUCAAGGUAAGCAAAUGAUUGAGACUUACUUUGACUUCCGCCUUUACCGCCUCUGGAAGACCCGCCAGCACUCUAAACUAUUGGAUUACGAUGACAUUUUAUGAGCUGGAGAAGACUUUGCAAGAGGAAGUUGAUCACUGGUGUCCAGGAAGUCGUGCUGAUUGCAGAGAGACUUUUUUAUUGGCACGGGGAGCCCUUCAAAGCCCUAUGGGAGGCAGCAGUGCUAAAGGGAGGGAAGAAGGAGCCCUCGGAAGUGUGUUGGGAGGAAAGUCUCCUGGGUCAAGAGAGACUGGAGGGAAAGGGUUUGACACCUCACUCGCCUCAGGUCAGAGCCAUGGUGUCUCAGGAGGAGCUGUGUGCAACGAGGACAGGAUGGAGUUCCUAGCAGAACUGAGCUGUUUUGGGUCAGAAUGGGCCAGAUUUGAUUCCAGGUCCUUUUAAAGACUUUUGAAGCUCAGGUUUUCUUACAAAAAAUUAAAAUCAAAUCACUUACCCAUGCACUACACUGAAGAAGUGACCAGAGCACAGAGGAAGGAGGGUUUGUACUGAUGGCACCUUCUGUGCAGGGGAUGUUGGAGAGCAAGGACUGCUACACCUACUCCUGCAAGCUUAGAGCAAGACGAUCCAGUUUCCAUGUGAAUAUAUACUGGAAGAUAGAAUUGAAACCUAUCUCUUUUUGGUUUUGUUUAAUAGAAAUUAAGAAGUGCAAUUUUUAUAGCAAGGGGGGGUAGAAUCCCUCCCAAUAUUUAAUUAGUUAAAAAUAACACACCAGUAACCAAUA